AUGGGGUCAAGCCCCAGUUCACCUGUUAGAGACGUCACGGAGAAAUUUUGGGUGCCACCGGCGGUGAUUGAGAGGAAGCGGGCUCAGAGCUUGGUGCCUGCCCUCUCUCACCAUGACAGUGAUGACGAUCCUAGUUCUGGUCCUGUCACUCCUGGAUCACUGUCUGGCCUUCGUGAGAUGACCUUUACUUUCUCUAAUGAGCGGGUUGGCAUAGUAACAGGAUCAGAUGGGUUGCCUCCCUUGCCUUCACAGCGCCCUAGGAGGGCCUCCAUGCAGGAUGCUAUUGACCUGCGCAAAAUUGACACCAAGCUUUAUGACAGAAAGCAUACAUUACAACGCCAGCACUCAUUGCCCCUGAGUCGAGAAGAAGAAAACCUUGGAUCAGUCAACUUCAGCCUUACGUAUAAUAAAGAGACACAUCUCCUUACAGUCAACAUUAUCCAGGCUUCUGAUCUGACCCCUCGUGACCUCUGUGGUAACCUUGACCCUUACUGUAAAGUGUCUCUCCUACCCUCUCAUCGAAGCCAGCUCCAGACCAAGGUCCACAAUAAGACUGUAAACCCUAAAUUUGAUGAGGAGUUUAUCUUUGAUGUUUCACCUCAUAAGCUGCCUUUCUGCUCCCUUGAGAUUCUGCUGCUGGACUAUGAUCAGUUUUCACGACACGAGAGUAUCGGCCAGGUCAAACUUCUCCUCGACUGUGUUGAUCUGCAGGAGCCAGCCUUCCUAUGGAAAGGCAUUUCGCCAGUAGAAAGGUCUAAAAGUAAAGACCAGAAGGAUUAUGGUGAUCUCAUGUUCUCCAUGACAUUCUUGUCUAGUGCGGAGCGUCUGACAGUCGUGGUUACCAAGGCCAGGAACCUCCGCCAUCUUGAGGAAGGGAAACUUUUGGAUACUUAUGUGAAGGUGUCCAUACUCCACAAGGGUAAACGAGUGAAAAAAAAGAAGACAUCUGUAGUCCACCAAUCUCAGAACCCAACAUGGAAUGAAGCUCUGGUGUUUAGUGUGAGUCGCGAAACACUGCGCCAUCUUUCCAUGGAAAUACUUGUGUGCCAUGAAAACAAGCUCGGAAAUGACAAUCUUAUCGGGCGUAUUAAGAUUGGAAAUGAUUCAGAGGGAGAUGAGCGGGUCCACUGGAAUGAUUUGAUAUCAUGUAAGAGCGCGACAGCUCGCUGGCACCCGUUAGCUCCACUCUGA